AUGUCUGCUCCCAAAUACUCUCUAACGGAACUUCGCAAUCUGCAAGAAGACGAUGAGCUGGAUCUAUCUGCCUGUGGAAUCAAGGACUUCCCAAAUGCAAUCGUCCAGCUGACACGUUUGACGAAGCUCGAUAUCAGCUCGAAUUCCAUCGCCUAUCUGCCAGAAUCAUUCUGCAAAAUGACGAAACUCAUUCGACUGGACUUUGGAAACAACCAACUCGACCAUCUCCCCGAUGGAAUUGGCUACCUGACCAGUCUCCAGCAUCUCAAUUUGUACAAUAACAAGUUGGAAGAUCUCCCAUUAUCCUUUGCCAAUCUCAAAUCGCUGAAAUGGUUGGAUUUGAAGAAGAAUCCGUUGAAUUCGAAGCUUCUAGCGAUCGCUGGAAAUUGUGGAACCGACGCGGAAUGUAAGACUGCUGCGAAGCAAGUUGUCAAUGUCUACAUGGGAGAUCGUCAGAAGCAGAUUGACAACCAGAAGGCACAGGAGGCGAAGCACAAGGCGAAGGUGCAGAAGGCUCAAGAGGAAGAGAAGAUCCGAAAGCAUCAGGAGAAGAAGAAGAAGGAAUUGGAGACGAAGAACGAUGAGAAGGACGCGAAGCACCACGCCGCCUCGAACAACAAGUCGUCUCACUCGACACCACCACAACAACAGCAGCAGAAGGCUCAAAAGAAGGAGACGUCGCCACAGAAGAAGGACGAGAAGAAGACAACCGAACGACGACGCGGAUUCUUCAGCAAGCUCUUCGGCUUCAUCUGGUCAUGCGUCUUCUACCUCACCAUCAUCCUCGCCACGUCGAGCACCAUCGCCAUUGGACUCGAUUGCGCUGGAAAGGGAACUCCGAUUCCUGGAAGUGCCCCACUUUGCAAGGACAUCUCGUUGAUCGGAUCCGGAAACAAGCCAUCUGCCAAUUUCGCGCAGAAUGUUAAGAAGACAUACGGAACGGUUUUCAAUGGAUAUCAUGGUCAAGCUAAACCACACCUGAACUCGAUCCAUUCCUCAAUCAGCAAGCAAUGGAAACAAUUCACCAAGUCUGACUUUGGAAAGCAGGUUGAGCAAGUGCUCUUCAAGGUGCACGCGUGGAUCGUCGACAAAUGGGUCAAGACUCAGCGAUUCGUUCAAGCUCAAUGGGCUAAUGUUAACUCUUGGUGGAAGAAGGACGGACAGAAGACUUUUGGACCAGCUCUGGAAGGAUUCAAGCUUGGACUUAAGAUGGUGUUCCAAUUCGUUUUGGAUAUCCUGAGCAAUGUUGCAACGCUGCUGAUGCACUUCGCCGUUCGUGUCAAGACCUUCUUUGUGGCAUUCGCUGAUGGUGGAUUCAAUGCGGCUAUGAAGACUUUGAACCAUUAA